GUGCGGUCCGGGAGGAGCCGCGGCCGCCGCGGGCACCGGCAGCGGCACCGGCACCGGGACGGCGCGGAGCGGAGCGGCGGCACCAUGGCCUCCGAGAGCGAGGCGCAGCGAGCGCUGCAGUAUGAGCAGACCCUGAUGUAUGGGCGUUACACGCAGGACUUGGGCACCUUCGCCAAGGAUGAGGCAGCCCGGCUGCGGCUGCAGGAGGGGGACACGCCCCGGCCCCGCCGCCCCUCCGAGCUGCUGGAGUACACCCAGGGCCGCUGUGCCCCCUGUCGUGUCUGCGCCUUGCAGUGCCAGCGGUUCCUCAUCUCCAAGGUGGGUGAGGACUGGGUCUUCCUCAUACUGCUGGGACUGGUCAUGGCACUGGUCAGCUGGGCCAUGGAUUUCGCCAUUGCCACGUGCCUCCAAGCUCAGAAGUGGAUGUACGGGGGCCUGGACACCAACGUGCUGCUGCAAUACAUGGCCUGGGUCACCUACCCCACUGUGCUCAUCACCUUCUCAGCUGGCUUCACCCAGAUCCUUGCCCCUCAGGCCGUGGGCUCUGGGAUCCCUGAGAUGAAGACAAUCCUGAGGGGUGUUGUGCUGAAGGAGUACCUCACCCUCAAGACCUUUGUGGCCAAGGUGAUCGGACUGACGUGUGCCCUGGGCAGUGGCAUGCCCCUGGGCAAGGAGGGUCCGUUUGUCCACAUUGCCAGCAUGUGUGCAGCCCUGCUCAGCCGCUUCCUCUCCCUCUUUGGGGGCUUCUAUGAGAAUGAGGCAAGAAACAUUGAAAUGCUGGCAGCUGCCUGCGCUGUUGGUGUUGGCUGCUGCUUCGCCGCCCCCAUCGGAGGCGUCCUGUUCAGCAUCGAGGUCACCUCCACCUUCUUUGCCGUCCGCAACUACUGGCGCGGCUUCUUCGCUGCCACCUUCAGUGCCUUCAUCUUCCGUGUCCUUGCUGUCUGGAACAAGGAUGAAGAGACAAUCACGGCACUGUUCAAAACCCGCUUCCGCCUCGACUUCCCCUUCGACCUGCAGGAGCUGCCUGCCUUUGCCGUCAUCGGGAUCGCCAGCGGCUUUGGGGGCGCACUCUUUGUCUACCUUAACCGCAAGAUUGUGCAGUUCAUGCGCCGCCAGAAGACCAUCAACCGCUUCCUCAUGAAGAAGCGCCUGCUCUUCCCUGCCCUGGUGACGCUGAUCAUCUCCACACUGACCUUCCCACCCGGCUUUGGACAGUUCAUGGCUGGCCAGCUCACCCAGAAGGACACCUUGGUGACACUCUUUGACAACCAGACAUGGGCCAAGCAGGGAAUCAGUGAUGAGUUCGAAUACUUGGGCAUCCUGGAGGCCUGGCGCCAUCCCCGCUCCAACGUCUUUGUCACACUUGUUGUCUUCAUCCUCAUGAAGUUCUGGAUGUCAGCCUUGGCCACUACCAUCCCAGUGCCCUGUGGAGCCUUCAUGCCUGUCUUCGUCAUUGGGGCAGCCUUUGGGCGCCUGGUGGGGGAGAGCAUGGCAGCUUGGUUCCCUGAUGGCAUCCACACGGACAGCAACAUCUACCGCAUCGUGCCGGGGGGCUACGCCGUGGUGGGGGCAGCUGCACUGUCGGGUGCUGUCACCCACACGGUGUCCACGGCCGUCAUCGUCUUCGAGCUGACGGGGCAGAUCUCGCACAUCCUGCCUGUCAUGAUUGCUGUCAUCCUGGCCAAUGCUGUCGCCCAGAGCCUCCAGCCCUCCCUCUAUGACAGCAUCAUCCGUAUCAAGAAGCUUCCCUACCUCCCUGAGCUGGGCUGGGGCCACCACGAGAAAUACAACGUGCGGGUGGAGGACAUCAUGGUGCGGGAUAUCCGCUACGUCACCCUCAACUGCAAGUACCGGGACCUGCAGCAGGUCCUGCACAGCACCAAGAUGAAGAACCUGCCACUGGUGGAGUCAGCUGAGUCCAUGAUCCUGCUGGGCUCCAUUGAGCGGACGCAGGUGGGGGCCCUGCUCAGCAGCCAGCUCAGUCCCCAGCGCCGGCUCCUGGCACUGCGGCAGAAAGUGCUGUCCGAGGAUGGGCACCGGCUCUCCGAUUCCACCAUCCGCUUCCAGAUCAGCACAGAGACCUCCUCAGGCACCCCUGCCCGCCCCGCACUCCGCAAGCCCCUGAAGCCGGCACUGAAGCGGGUGCCCAGCAGCCCAGCCGACAGCCCCCCAGCUGGCAGCACUGACCACAGUGGCAUUGCCCUCAAGAACCUCUUCUGUGCCAACGCCUCUACAGAGCCAACCGAGGCUCAGGGCACAGCCCGUCACAAGGCCAAACGCGUCCGCAUUUCCAUUGUGGAGGAGAUGAUUCUGGGUGACAAGAUGACCCCAGCAGAGAUCCUGGAGUGGGAAGAACAGCAGCUGGACCAGCUGGUGGACUUCAGCAGUGCCAAGAUCGACCCUGCACCAUUCCAGCUGGUGGAGCAUACCUCGCUGCACAAGACCCACACCAUCUUCUCUCUGCUGGGCCUGGACCAUGCAUUCGUCACCAGCAUUGGGCGGCUGGUGGGCAUGGUGUCCCUCAAGGAGCUCCGCAAGGCUAUCGAGGGCUCGCUGACGGGCAAGGGGGUGAAGGUGCGCCCGCCACUCGCCAGCUUCCGUGACAGCACCGCCAGCACCACCGAGGCCGACACCACCGCCCUGCGCCAGCUCUGGGAUCGCCACCAGCACCACCACAUGCCCCGCGAGGCUGGUCCUGGGGGCGAUGAUGAUGACGACACCCCCAGGGGCCAGCGAGAGCCUUGAGAUCCACCCCCACCGUGUCCCCAGAAGCCACAAGGGCUCCCUGGCCGGUGCCGGGGGAUGCCCACCCUGAGCCUGCUGAUGCCAGGCUCAACACGGGAGUGGGCACUGUCAGUCCAGUGCCUCUGCCCCCUCGCUGGGCUGGGGACGAGCCAAAUGUCCCCCAGCCAGCUCCUGCUUCCCAGCUACCUGCCAGCUCUUCGGGCUUCCCACUUUGCUACCUCUGUACCCCCGAGCCCCUGGUGCCCCCAGAAUGGCCACUGCCCUCACACCUUCCAUGAGCACCACAAUGUCCCUUCUUGGAGUGGCAUGGGGCGA